AUGGCCGGCGACAACCCUCCUCUCUUCGUGCCGCUUGAGGGGGAGACGCCGUACGCCCACUACCUGAACAAGCUACACGCCGCCGUGCCGUCCGCCAUCCUGCACGAACCGACGCCGACCAGGGAGCAGGCGCAGGCUGCGACAGAUGUCUUUUUUGCCUACCAGAAGGUGCCGGGGGAGGCGAUGGAGGAAAAGGACAAGGAGAACUUUGCGAUCAACAGGGAUGCGGCCUUGCGGGCCUUUGGCGCAGUCACGACUCGUCGCGGACUAGGUCCAGGAUUAGGGUUGCAGAUUGAGAAGGGCAGAGAGAAGCGAGGUGGGAGGAGGAGCGUCGGCGGUGCGGGUGAGGCCGACGAGGAGGAGAAUGACACACCGGCCACGAAGCGCAGGAAAGGCGCGCAGAACGUCUCGCUCGAGGACCUCUACCAGAAGCUCGACGAGCUCGCGUCGCACGUCAAGACCCGCUGCAUCACUAAGGACGAUCUCAAGCACCUCGCGACCAAAGAAGACCUCAAGACGCUCGCAACGAAGGUCGAGGCGCUCGAAGAUACGGUCAAGGAUCGCAACAAGAAAGUCGAGAGCCUCGAGAAGACGGUCAAGGAUGUCAAACAGAAGGUCGAGGCGCUCGAGAAGACGGUCAAGGACGUCAACAGGAAGGUCGAGGGCCUCGAGAACGCGGUCAAGGACAUGAACAAGAAGGUCGGCGCGCUUGAGGAGACGGUCAAGGGUCUCGGCGUCAAGGUCGACGAGGCGCUCAAGAAGGACGGAACGCUCGACAAGGCGUUCGCAACGGUCCAGACGGACUUGACGGACCUCAAGCAGGCGAUCAUCGACUUGCAGACGGUCGUACAGGUCUUGCCGGGCCUUCAGCGCAGUCUCGCCGACAUCGAGAACUAUGUGAAGACGCGACGCGCGGACAUCAAGGAUACUUGA